AUGUUAAUAUCCUUACAUCAUGAUCAACAAGCAUCACUUGCAGAAACUCUACAAUUUGUUGGUCUUCGUCUUGAUCUUAAUGAUUAUGAUGCUUAUGGUUUACCAAAAGAAAUUCUACAACAAGCAACAAAUCUCAUGAUUCCUCAAAGACAAUCGGUUAAUGUUUCAAAUACGUCAAAUGUAAUGAGAAAAGAUAAUGAAUUGUGGAUGAGUUGA